GUUCCUGGAUCCAACCGGCAAUCUCCGGCGGCUUUUCUUCAUCCCCGGCUGGACGCAGCAAAAGUUCAAAUCUUUUCAUCGAGAGAUAUGUUCGCAUCAGGAUCUUAUUAAUUUCGAAGGGUUGUUCUUUAUAAAAAGAUACGAAGAAGAUGGCCACGAUAAAGCUGGGCUCCAAAGCCGAUGCUUUUCAUCUCGAUGGCCAUACAUGGGUUUGUAACAGUGAACUUCCAAGUGAUAUUAUCAUUGAAAUAGGAGAAUUUUCGUUUCAACUUCACAAGUUUCCAAUGCUCAAUAGGAGCGGCCUUUUUAAAAAGCUGAUCAGUGAAUAUCGUAAUGAGAAUGGAAAAGUCUGCCGUUUGCAGCUUCACGAUCUUCCUGCCGGCGCCAAAAUAUUUGAGCUUGUUGCAAAGUUUUGUUAUGAUGUCAAAAUUGAGUUAAAUUCUUACAACGUCGCCGCUCUUCGAUGCGCUGCCGAGUAUCUCUGCAUGACUGAAGACUAUUUUGAAGGAAAUCUCAUUUCUAAAACUGAAAACUUUCUGAUCGAAAUUUUUGGUGAUUGGAAAGACUCCAUCAAAGUUCUCAAGAGCUGUGAGGAUCUCCUUCCCCUCGCCGAAGAACUGCAUAUCGUAACUCGAUGUAUCAAUUCACUGGCAUUAAAAGCUUGUGCUGAUCCAAAUACAUUUGUUUGGCCGACAUCGGCUCGAUCUUCCGUGAAGAGCUCAGAUGGCAACUCCUUAUGGAAUGGAAUAUCUUCAGCUGAGAAGAAGAAGGCAACCGAGUUAGAUUGGUGGUAUGAAGAGUCCUCUUGUCUUAGUUUAGCUCUGUACAAAAGGUUGAUAGUAUCCAUGGGAUCUAAAGGCAUGAAACCAGAAAAUAUUGCAGGGUCUCUCAUAUUCUAUUUGAAGAAAUAUUUUCGAGGAUUAAGUCGAAAUUCCAGCUUCCAAGAUGGCAAUACCCGCGCUAAUCAUGCUCCAACUCUAUCUCCAUUGUCUGAAAGCGAGCAAAGAGCUGUCUUGGAGGAGUUAGUUGGACUGCUUCCCAGUGAAAAGGGAUUGAUAUCCACAACUUUUCUUCUUCACUUGCUUCGAACCGCCAUGAUUUUGCAUGCAGACAAUGCCUGUAGGGAGGAUUUAGAAAGAAGAAUUGGAGCACAGUUAGAUGAAGCUUCUCUUGAGGAUCUUCUCAUGCCAAACUUGGGCUACUCUGUUGAAACCCUUUAUGAUAUAGAUUCUGUUCACAGAAUGGUUGAUCAUUUCGUAUCGAUAAACCCAACUGUGCUGGCAGGUUCUCCCGCCAUAGUUGAUGAAGCUCAGUUGAUGGAAAGUAGUACUUCAUCGGCCCCUAUUACGAAGGUGGCGAAGCUUGUGGACGGGUACCUUGCAGAGGUAGCUCCUGAUCAUAAUCUGAAGUUUCCCAAAUUUCAAUCUUUGGCGGCUUUAAUUCCAGAAUAUGCCAGGAAUUUACAUGAUGGCUUGUAUCGUGCUAUUGAUAUAUUUCUCAAGGCUCACCCAUGGCUGACGGAUUCCGAACGCGAGCAGCUCUGUCGGCUCAUGAACUGUCAGAAGCUUUCGCUGGAGGCUUGCACUCAUGCAGCACAGAACGAAAGGCUUCCGCUUCGAUUCGUCGUCCAAGUCCUCUUCUUCGAGCAGCUCCGCCUGAGAACUUCGGUUGCGGGGUGGUUCUUCGUAUCGGAAAAUAUGGAGAACAUUGAUGGCAGCAAUAGAAGCUUGAUUAUACCAAAGAGCUCUGAGAGAAUAUGUGAGAAUGAAAUCAUGGAGGAGGAGAAGGAUGAUGUGCCUCUGAUCAGAACUGAUGAGGUGAGGCAGCGCGUCGCAGAGCUUGAAAAGGAGUGUGUGAGGAUGAGGAAGGAGAUCCAGAAGAUUGGGAAUUCAAAGCCGAAGAGUGGUUGGAGCUCCUUCUGUAAAAGAUUUCCUUGGCUUGGUUUCGGAGCUAGAUCUUAGAACCAGAGAGUAUGAGCUUGUUAGCUGAUGGAGAAGAUGAGUUUUUUUUUUUUUUUUCAAUUUUGUUAUUCUAUGGCAAAUAAGUUGAACUCAGGUAGUUUAGCUUGAAUUUAUGGGAUAGAUUAGUGCUUCUUUGUUGAAGAUUUUGUUUGAAUUAU